AGUAGUGGAGCAUCAUUUGCAGAGCGAGGAUCCCGGUGAUGCUGCCGCUCAGGUGUUGCGCGCAGCCUGACAGUUGGGCUGCGCUCUCCCGCCGCCUUGUCACCGCUCCGGUCCUGUCCUGACGAGAAGACGAGCCGUGCUUUGGACAUCAGGAGAAGUGAAGAUGAAGAUACGAGCGUGCCAAGGGAUUACUGGCAUCAUCAUCAUUACCACGGUUACCAGUUUUAUGCUGGUGUACAACAGCAGCUCUGGUGACACAUCAUCAUCUUCAUCCUCAUCGCCCUCAGCUCACCAUUCAGAUGGCCCUGGUCCACCAGUGAAGCAGCCCAAGAGAGCACAGAGACCCCCAAAUUUAACUCUUGAGGGAUACACAGGCGUGAUGGAUCAUAAGCCGCUGAAGAUGCAUUGUAACACUUGCUCCCUGGUGACCAGCUCUGGCCAACUCACAGGAAGCAAGAGGGGUGAAGAAAUCGAUCAGUCCGAGUGCGUCAUCCGCAUGAAUGACGCGCCCGUCGCGGGCUACCAGCGAGAUGUUGGCCGACGCACCAGCUUGCGCGUCAUCGCCCACUCCAGCCUGCAGAGGGUGUUGCGGAGCCGCCAGGAGCUGCUCAACUCCAGUCAAGACACGGUGUUCAUCUUCUGGGGGCCGAGCAGCUGCAUGAGGCGGGAUGGAAAAGGCCAAGUUUACAACAACCUGAGGCUGGUAAACCAGCUACUGCCCAAACUCCAAGUCUAUGUCAUCUCCCGGAUCAAGAUGCUGAAGUUCGACGAAUUAUUCAAAAAGGAGACAGGGAUAGAUAGGAAGAGCUCCAACUCCUGGCUGAGUACCGGCUGGUUCACCAUGGCCAUUGCCCUGGAGCUGUGUGACAGGAUCAACGUGUACGGCAUGGUGCCUCCAGAUUUCUGCAGAUCCUCCACCCAUCCCUCGGUGCCGUAUCAUUACUAUGAGCCCUCUGGGCCCGAUGAGUGCUCUAUGUAUCUCUCCCAUGAGCGAAGCCGGCGUGGAAGCCACCACCGCUUCAUCACAGAGAAGACGGUGUUCGCCAACUGGGCUCGAACCCUCGAUGUCCAUUUUUACCAACCAGACUGGAAACCCUCAGAUGUCAUUAGCACAAACAGCUCGCACAACCCAGUUCUAUCUGGUUCCUGAGACACACUCUUGAGAGGAUCCCCAAAAUUAUGGGAAUACCAGUUUCUGUGGGUGGAUGGUUUCCAACAUGCAGAUUCCCAUUCGGGCCAGUGUGACUGCCUCAGAGAGCGUUAGGACAGUACAAGCUGCUAUUGUGGCUGUUAGCCUACUGCAUAAGCAGAUUGACAGAAUUGGACCAUUACAUAAUAGCAGCACAGAGCCUGAACAAUGUUCCGGGAGUGUAAUUAUAAUAGGAUGAACUUCAUACUAGAGCCAAAGCCACAGAGAAUGGCUCUGGUUUGGUUCUUCCUGCCUCUGUGUAGAGCAGAAGCAUAGCGCUAUCAAAGAGGCGAGACAGGCAAUGAGAAAGUACACUGCUGGGAUUGCAACGUGACUCAUUCUCUUUUAUUUUCAUCAAUAAAUUAUUAAUACAAUUUGGCCUCAUUUACACAGGGCAUCAGUAUGCAUCCUAGGUGGCUGGAUCAUAUUUGAAUAGAGCAUAAUACAAUAACUUCAGGUUUAAAUGCACCCAAGAUGCAUUUGAUGUGAUCAUGCGAACCUCUCCAGAAAUGGACAGCGACACAUUCUGUGACAUUAACCACAAAGCGUGAAUGCAAUGUGUCCCCAAUUCACAUAUACAUAGAAACAAUGUACACAGAAAUACACUCCCAUAUGGGGAAGCUGGGAAGCGUUCAUGACUCAACCAGGCAGCCUGGCUAGCAGGACCCAGCAGGAUGACGUGUGCAGCAAUCUGCACUUGACGAAAAGCGAAAUCCAAUUUCAGUCCGUUUACUGGAAAUGCAUUUGAGAUUCAGGUGCACAUGUAAUCGAGCUAAAUCUGGACACAGGACAGAUAAGAGGCAUGUUAAUGGGGCUUUUUAUUUACCAGAUAGUUGCGUUCAACAGCUCUAUGACAGAUGGCCCUUCAGAGAGAGUCCUAGCCAGCCCAUGUGGCUGAUACUCUAGGCCAUGAUUUGUC